AAUGAUUGCAGAGGGAAUAUCCAGCUCGCUUUUUUUGUCACGUUCUUUCAUUUCUGAGUUGCGAUUUAAGUUGACAUCUACUCAUGACGAAAGAAACGCGGCAAAGAGGCGACGGGAAAGUGAAGAUCAUGAGGGAGUUUAGUUUUAAGAAAUCAGGUGUGAAUGUGUCGUUCUCGGCACCGGCUGCCUCGUCUUUGGAAAGAGUUCGGAGUUUCUUUGCACGCGGAAGGCGAGGCCAGCCCAGGAUGAACGGCGAGUCAGGUGCCGGAGUGGUGACGGCCCCGCCUCCCACCACAGCCCCCCACAAGGAGCGGUACUUCGACCGCGUUGACGAGAGCAGCCCAGAGUACCAGAGGGAGAGAAACAUGGCGCCUGACCUGCGACAGGACUUCAACAUGAUGGAGCAGAGGAAGAGGGUCUCCAUGAUACUACAGAGCCCGGCAUUUUGCGAUGAGCUAGAGACGAUGAUCCAGGAUCAGCUGAAGAAGGGGAAGACGCCCACGAGCCUGUUGGCCCUGCAGCAGAUCGCAGACUUCAUGACCACCAGCAUGCCUUCCAUGUACCCCGCUGCACCACAAGGAGGCAUGGCGGCGCUCAACAUGAGCCUGGGGAUGGUGACUCCUGUCAACGAUCUGCGUGGCUCAGACUCUAUUUCUUACGACAAGGGCGAGAAGCUGCUGCGCUGCAAGCUGGCCGCCUUUUAUCGGCUCGCUGAUCUCUUCGGCUGGUCUGAGCUCAUCUAUAAUCACCUCACAGUCAGGGUGAACUCAGACCAGGAGCGCUUCCUUAUUGUCCCCUUUGGCCUCCUCUACAGUGAAGUCACUGCCUCCAGCCUGGUAAAGAUAAACCUUCAAGGUGAGAUCGUGGACCGGGGCAGCACCAACCUCGGAGUCAACCAGGCCGGCUUCACUCUCCACUCCGCCAUCUACGCUUCACGGCCCGACGUCAAGUGUAUUGUACAUAUACACACAUCUGCAGGUGCUGCGGUGUCCGCUAUGAAAUGUGGUCUGUUACCCAUCUCACCUGAGGCGCUGUCCCUGGGUGAAAUAGCCUAUCACGACUACCACGGCAUUUUGGUAGACGAGGAAGAAACUACUCUAAUACAGAGGAACCUCGGGCCCAAGAGCAAGGUGCUCAUCCUGAGAAACCACGGCUUGGUGUCAGUAGGUGAAACCGUGGAGGAGGCUUUCUAUUACAUCCACAAUCUGGUCACCGCCUGUGAGAUCCAGGUGCGAACGCUGGCCAGCGCUGGAGGGCCUGACAAUCUGGUGAUGCUGGACCCGGCAAAAUACAAGUCACGCCCGCGGGUCCCUGAGCCAGCUGGCGACGGGUCCUCCACACAUCCCAAGUGGCUCAUUGGGGAGCAGGAGUUUGAAGCUCUCAUGAGAAUGCUCGACAACUUGGGCUACAGAACGGGCUAUCCUUACCGCUGCCCGGCACUGAGAGACAAAGGUAAAAAGUACAGUGACGCGGAGAGCGCUUCCUCCGCCCACGGUGGUUAUUCAUACGGGGAGGACAGUGACUCUGGCGCUCGCUCCCCGCUGAAGCACAGCUUCCAGCGCGGCCAGCGCGACAAGACCCGUUGGCUCAAUGCCAGCGGCCGGCCCGACGAGCCCUACGAGGACGGGCCCGACGGCAGCAGCCCCAAGUCGAAGCCUAAGGUGUGGACGAACAUAACACACGAUCACGUCAAACCCUUGCUGCAGUCUCUCUCGUCCGGUGUCUGCGUGCCAAGCUGUAUAACCAACUGCUUGUGGACAAAGGAAGAAGGGCUCCGGCAGGCUGCUGUAGCCAAUCAGUUCAUCCCGCUGAACACCAACCCAAAGGAAGUCCUGGAAAUGAGGAAUAAGAUCCGAGAGCAGAACCUGCAGGACAUAAAGACAGCAGGGCCCCAGUCUCAGGUUCUGUGUGCCAGCGUCAUGGGUGAACGUACCUUCAUCCAGGACGCCCCUCUGUCUGACUGUACAGACACUAUUGAUGGCCUCGAUGUGUCCGAGGGGUCCUAUAGUCCUGCUAAAUCAAUUAGAAAGGGCGAGCUAGUGACCGCGUCCAAGGCCAUUAUCGAAAAGGAGUACCAGCCCAAGGUUAUAGUCAGCAAGCAGGGCCCCAACCCCUUCACCAAACUGACCGACCAGGAGCUGGAGGAGUACCGCAAGGAGGUGGAGCAGAAACAGAAAGGAGCUGACGUGCAGGGACGAGAAGAUUGUAGGGAGGGAUCAACCUCCAGCGUCCCCAGUCCAAAGCCUGAAACGAUGCCCCGGGAUCAGACCUCCGCGUCCACGUCUCUGUCCUCCACCGCCGGCUCACCGAGCUUAGAGAAACCCCACCCAACGUCCACCACGCCAGCCUCUGAGCACGGCUUUGCUUCCGCUCCCAGCCCGUCUGGUGGGACCGAGCCAGCUCAGAGCGGCCCAGGCUCUGCAGGAACAGUAGCAGAUGAUGUUUUUUCGACUGCAGACGAGGUUUUCUCAGCUCCGGAUUCUCCGCAUAAGGAGUUCCACUGUGCCGUGCUGCGGGCCCUCGUCAGUGAGCCGUCAGUGGUAAAGGCAGCUGAGGCAGGUCAGGCUCCAGAUCCAGAACAGCAAGUAGAGUCUGAAGAGGAGCCCAAAGCUCUGAAACCCAUUUCCACGCCACCCAGCACCCCAGUCAGAGCAGAGGAAGAGUCCUUACCAGAACAAACCUUUAAGGAUGACAGCGACGCAGCCACCCUGAGACAGACCCUUCCAGAUUUAACACCAGACGACCCCUCCGACGCUCCAGCACUUCCUGCCGAAGACUCCACCUCUGCCCCUGCUGCCGCCGCCGCCGCCACCGCUGACGUCGCCGCUGCUGCCGCAGACACGGCCGAGGGGGAGGAACCCGCUGACGCUGGCGACCAGGAGGGCGACGAGUCCCCCAGCAAAUCACCCUCCAAAAAGAAAAAGAAGUUCCGCACUCCUUCCUUCCUCAAGAAAAACAAAAAAAAGACAGAGUCCUAGUUCGGUGAACGUUGGAUCGGUCCUCAAGGCUGGCUUCUCCUUUUCUUUUCAUUUCUGCUUCUCGUCCGCUACCAUCGCACCCGUCGAACGAGCCACAGUUACACACGCAGUUCUGCUUUUGUUUUGCUUUUUUUUUGUUGUUGUUUUUGAUAUUAUUUGUCGCUGGCUUAUUAACCUAUUUUUCCUCGUUAGCGCGUGCCAAUUUUGUAUACAAUGUAAAAAAAAAAAAAAAAAAAAUGAUUGCAUUAAGGUUUUUAAUUAUUCAGGGCUUUUAGUUGUGAGCGAGUGAUGCAUUCUGUCUUGUCCACUCCAUCCAAGCUUUGAUGCAUGUCUGCAACUACAGGCCCACACAACUGAUGUGAGGUUUUAGGACUUUAUCCCUUAUUAUUAUUAUUUUUUAUUUUUUUUUUAGAGUAAUACUUAAUCAUUGUAACCACUAGAAUGUAUUGGGAUUGUAUCAAAAUAUGUCAAAGUGUCUUUAAAAAAAAAAAAAAACGAAACUGCAGCCUCUCGUAUGAAAUGGUAAACUCUGACUGAGAACUACAAAUAGCAUAUUCCUGAACUUGUGCGCCCAUUUAAUUACUCGUUGGCAGGCUGUGACAGUUGGGAUACGUCGGUAAUGCAAUAUUUUUUAAUUAAAUUACUCAAUCACAUUCACAUCUGGGUGUUUGUUCACAUUUUUUUUUUUUUUUUUUUUUGUUUUAACUCCAAAUUCAGUCAGAUGUGUUGUAAACAGCUCUAGGUCUUUGUAUAGAAGUUUGGUUUUGUAUUUUACAAAAUAAUUCAGUGAAAAUGUCCAUUAGAGGUGCUGCAAACAUGCAGAGCGUGAGUCACCCGUGGAAGCGUGAGCAGUAAUGUGCUCGUUGUUUCAAGGGUUGAUGUAAUGUAAAUGCUAACGGCUAUAAGCCUUUAGCAUAAAAGGAAUGUGUAAAUUCUUCUUUUUAUUUUUCAUUUUAUUGUAUAAUUAUUUGAGGUUGGCGCUGUUACGUAUUUACCCCCUUUGAUUUGUGGUCAUCUCUGUGAAACCGGCUGCAACGCUACACCUCGUGUGAGACUCCCAUGUUUUUGUUUUUGUGAUCUUCUCGCGCUCUUUCUCACAGUUGUAGAGCCGACUGAGCCGUGAAACACUUGCUGUGAGGAAGCACUGUGAACCUCUUUCAUAAACCACUGUUUGGGAUCUCACGCCACACCGUGCAUUUAGAAAGCAGACCGUGACCGUAGAGGUUAGUUAGGCGAACACGCGAACGACGACGUCGCUGUCAGCGAAGCCGUGUGAUCAAUCGUGGACCCUCAGCUUGUUCUUUCCUGUGUAAAACUCCCGUCUGAGCAACUUCUUUCCAGUUACAGUUAAAAUACAAUUUACACUGGACAAGCAGUUUUACUUAUGUCACUGUAAUCAAUAAAUUGUGCUUGAGAUUGCAGGGCACUAACCUGAGAACAUUAUCAUGCUUUGCUUGACGUGUGUGCAUCCUUGUUUUAACAAAAGGUUAGUCAUCUUAUCUGAGUAAACCUUCGAUCACUACACGUGGUUUACCGACAGUGCUACAUAUAAGCUGAAAACUCCUGAAGGACUGCAUGUGACUAGUGCAUAGAGUGUAUACUGGCCUAUAAAUGACUGUAACCACCCUGUUAUAUUUGAGUUCUAUUUUAGCUGAAGUGUGCCGAUUACAAUACUAAACUCCUCUUAGUCAUGUUUCUUUUUAAAGUCUCACAUCUUAUGCCGAUUUGUAUCCUCUGUCUGAACUACUUCCAGUUUCAUCGUUACACCUCCUUACGUAACCGUCUUCAGACUUCACCUCUCUGUUCUAAUGGUCCUGUCUCUUUUACAACCAUGAAUAAAAACACUACCUUGAAUAUCA